AUGGAGCCUAAUUUUCAAGGGAAUUCUAUCGAGACACCAAUAUCAACUCUCAAUAAUUAGGAACUAACCACUUUGAAUAGACAUCCCUCUGAUUCUGGCAGCGUUAGUAGUGAAAUAAGAUCUCAAGAUCUACUGCUAGCUCCAAUAAAGAAACUCUCAUUGAAAAAUAAAAAGGAUAAGAAUUUUAGCACAAUCCUCCCCCUCACAACUGGUGGUAGUUUACAAUAAAGAAAGAAUCAAAUGAAGUAAAGAUAGAGUUCUUUUAAUUGGGGGAAUUCCUAAUAGCUCAAUAGUGUUGUUGCUAUACCAGAGGAGAACGAAGAUAAUAAAGAAUUUGGAGAAAAUAUUAAGUCUGAAAGGAGUUCAAAUAAAAUAUAGCCUCUAAUAGAUGAUGAGAAUGAACUCAAAUCUGACAUAUUUAAGAGAAGAAUGUCAGUGAAAACGAAUAUAAAUAUUGAAUAGCUAGAGGAGAAGAAAUUCAGAUAAAAACUGAAAGAAUACUGGCUAAAAUUCAAAUUUUACCCAUCAUCUCCUUUUAAAAUAAAAUGGGAUUUAUUCAUCAUAACCCUAUCACUUUAUAACUCAAUAUUAGUUCCUUAUAACUUUGCCUUCCCAGAUGUAUUAAGUGAAAAUGAUUUCUUUUUGGCUUUUGAGUAUAUAAUUGAUAUAUGUUUCGCUUUUGACAUUUUGGUAAAUUUCAGGUCUGUUUAUUAUGAUUCUAAAAAUGAGAUUUAUAUUACUAAUGGAAAGCUCAUAGCUUUAAAUUACCUUUUAAAGGGCAGAUUUGUGAUAGAUUUACUAGCUUCAUUGCCGAUUGAAGAGAUAUUUCAGCUUUUGUCUUCAUCUGUCUAAUUUUCUAAGUCAAAUUUAAAGUUAAUAAGUUUGUUUAAAUUAGUCAGGCUUUUGAGACUCGGAAGAAUAAUUACCUUUCUUAAGAUGAAUCAAAAUUUCAAAUAGGCCAUGAAGAUUAUUUAGCUAUUUGCUAUGCUUAUUAUGGUAUUACACUGGAUUGCUUGCUUUUGGUAUUAUAUUAUAAGUUUAAAUGACACAUGGGUGCCAAUGAUGGAUAGAAUGAAGGAUGUUAAGAUUCUCUUUACUGAUUCAAAUUAUGGUCAGUAAUAUCUAGAAGUGUUCUAUUAUGCAAUUCUUGCUCUUGUUGGCAAUGAAAUGAAUCCCUCAAAUUCACUAGAGAUUGGAGUUGUCUCAAUUAUAAUCUUCAUUGGUUCAAUAAUUAUUGGUACUAUUAUCGGAGAAUUUUCGACAAUCUUAAGUGAGUUCUAGUUGAAAGCCAAAUAGCUAAAUGAAGAAUUAGAUAUGAUAUGCUAACUCAUGACAAGUCUAAAGAUACCAGAAACCUCUUAGAAUCGUGUAUUAGCUUACUAUGAACUAAAGAAUAGCAUGAAAUAUGUGAGAAAUGAAUAAUUCUACGAUUUGCUAAAUGAAAACUUGAUAAAGAUUGUGAAGCUUUUCUAAACUGAAGAUGCAAUAAGAAAUUUGGGACUCUUCGAUAAGAAUAACUAAAAUUAAAUUGAAAAUUUCGCCAACCUAAUGAAAAUUUAGCUUUACCUCCCAAGUGAUGUUGUUGCUAAAUAAGGGGAUAUUGGAGAUUAUUUUUAUUUAGUAGUAGAUGGGCUUGCUGAGGUACGAUCAGAGAAGAGAGAUUUCCUCUACUUUGAUUAUGUGCAUACUUAGAAAUUUCUUGGAGAUUACGUUCCUAGCAAAGGACUUAAUGAUGGAAGUUUAAAAAAAUUAAAGAAAUUCAUUUAAAAAUGCAUGCAAAAGAAAUAAGUUCAAAGAUUUAAAACUAAGAUGACUUCUAAAUACAUAAAAAUUUGUAGGAGGAAACUCAUCAAAUCCUUUUCUUCAGGAAAUUCGAAUUAAGCUGAGAAUAAUUCACUUGAUAUGACUUAACAGGAUUUACUAAGUAACCAUAAAACCAUAAAUAGUGAAAAGUUAGGUGUCAAAUAAAUUGAUGAGACAUAAUUUAAGAUUAUCAAUGAACUUAAGCAAGGAGAUUACUUUGGUGAAAUUUCUAUAAUAACGAAUCUUAAGAAAACAUGCAGUGUCUAUUCAGUAAAUAAUCUUAUAUGUGGAUUGAUACCAAAGAAGGAUUUGCUAGAUCUAAUUUUAGCAAAUGCUGAUUUUAAGAGUAGGUUGAUGUAACGAAUGAAUUUGUACAAAGAUAACUUUUUCAAGUUCAUAACUACAAUGAUAAGAAAUGUAGGGGCCUUUAGAAUCAUUCCAAAUCAUGUUGUUAAAAGUAUAAUUUUCAAACUAAGUGAAAGGAAGUAUCUGAAACAUUCUUAUAUUCUUAGAAUGGGAGAAGUAGCAGAUUAUGCCUUCUUUGUAAUGAAGGGCAGAGUUGGUGUUUAUGUCUUUAUUGGAGAUAUCUAUGACUACUAAAACUGUGAUGAAUUCAACAAAUCUAACUAUUAGAGACUCUGUACGUUAAGCGAAGGAUCUCACUUCAAUGUUACUCAUUUCAUCUUACAAAAAGAAUCAAUAUUCUUGUUCAGAGCAGAAGAAGAGACAGAUCUACUGUAGCUAGAUUAUUAAGACUAUCACAAGUUAAGUCUUAGAAGCGAGAUUCUACAAAACAUUAAUGACUCAAUCGGAGCAGUUUAUGGUGAUGAAGGAAAUAAGUAUGACUUUGGUAGAAUGAUUUAUAAGAGCAUAACAGAUAUCAUAAAGUCUCAGAAGAUAAAAGAGAAUUAUAUGAAAACAAAACAAAGAAUAAUAGAAGAAUUAAAGGAUUAGAAGGAAAACUACCAUCAUGUAAACAUUUAUGAUUAUUAGUUGCUAAAGUAGAUAAACAAAGAAAGCCAGAUGCUUGAAGUGGAUAUUAUGAAUGAGGAUACUAGAUCCUAGCUGAAGUAAAAUAUUAUAGAAAAAUUCAAGAGAAAUCUAUUUCUUCUGAGAUGUAAGGGCUUUCAUUCAAGCUAAAUGGAGAUCUUUAAUUGUAUUGAUCAGAUUAAUUAUAAAAGAGUUAGAAAGGAAUGUGAGAGAAAAAUGGAUAAAGCUGUAUAGGUACUCUCUGAAAACUUCUUCGAACUUUAAGUUAUGUAAAAUAUAAGUGAAUACACUAUGCUUUGUUCGUAUUACAAGAAAUAUCCUUAAAUUAAAGAAGUUAACUAGUAUUACAUCUAACUUAAAAAAGAUGAAAGGCUAAAGUAAAAGGAGUUAUUAAAGGACUUGAAUGGUAAAAAUGAAGACUAUCCUUUUACUCUGAAAGGGGAUCUUUUAUAGGUUGAUAAAAAAGAUGAUGAUUACAUAAAAAGAGAUAGGAGGAAGAUAAAAUAAUUGAAAAAAAUCUAAGAUUAGAAAUCUUAAUCAUUAGAUAUUGAAAAAGCAAAUUUAAACAUGGGAAUUAACGGCCCUAUUAUCGGAGUCGGUUAAUAUAAUGAAAAUUUAGUCCACUCCAUUGAUAAUUUGCAAGAAAUUAUUGAUAAAGAGAAGGAUGAAAUUAAGAAACAGAUUAAAGAGUGCACGCUUCACAAAGAGAUUAAAUUUAAGAUUAGUGUAACCAAUGAUGAGGAGAAUUAAGAGUUCUAGCAGCAAUUCAAAGUGCUGGAAUAAACUUAUCUCUGGCACAAUAUGGAUGAAAAAACAAAAAAGUUAGAAGCAAAACUUAUAAAAGAAGAAAAAUCUAGUUUAGCUCUCAUAAAUUCCUUGACAGAGCAAGCAGAAAGUAAUUAGGACCUCAUAGAUAUGAUAAAGAAAGAAAUCGUAGAAACUGAUAAAUUCUAUCAACAAAAGAUAUAAGAAAUCGAAUUUCAAGUGGCAAGUGAUUUAUGA